GCACUUGAAGGGGAUGUUUCUUGGAACUCUGCGUGAUUUGAGAGCUGAAAAAUCUUUGAUGUCUUCUGGGUUUAUGCCUGUACUAUGAUGUGACAUGCCUCAGUUCCUUAGUUUUGAUAAUCCCACUCUUUGCUUGGUGUAAUAUGAUUGUGUCCUAAAUCCUGAUGCUCAGCGCUUGGCAUAUGCAUGUUUUUUCGCUAUGUUUUUGUUAAAAGUUCUGGUUGUCAUCAGUGUUUGGCAGAAGGCUUGGAGCAUUUCAAGUUAAUCUCGGCCUAUGUCGAAAGGAAAGGACCUGGAUGGUGAAGAAGAAAGAGCUAACAUGGAGGGUUCAGAUCGUGAAGAAGAAGUGACCGUGGACAUUGACGGACGCAUAAAAGACCCUGUGCUCGAGUUGCACUUUUGUGGUGCUUCUUGGGUCAAUUCUCUGCAAUGCCCACUGGCAAAAUCGGGGUGUUGUGAGACUCAAAGGAAAUCGGAGAAACGGUCAUCUUAUAGUUCUAGCAGGAUUGGUAGUUCCUCAGUUGCGGAACCUCAGGAUGCAGAUUACACUCCAUCACUCAGUGAUGAGUUAGAGGCCUUGAUACUGGCUAGGGUGCCUAGAUCUUUAUACUGGAAAUUUUCCACCGUCUGCAAGCGAUUCUUAUCUUUAAUUAAGAGCGGAGAGAUAUUCAAAAUCAGGAGGGAGAUUGGAUUUAAAGAACCGGCUGUGUUUAUGUUGGCGAGCGGGGAAACUAGUUGGUGGGCAUUUGAUCCGCACUCUGAAUCUUGCCGGAAUCUUCCUAUUUUGCCCUCUGACUCAUGCUUCUCUGCCGGAGACAAGGAAACACUUUGUGCAGGUACUCACCUGAUGGUUUCGGGCAAAGAGAUUGAUGGCCUUGUGAUUUAUAGAUACGAAUUGACUGAAAAUAAGUGGUUCAAGGGUGACUCCAUGAAGAACCCGAGGUGCUUGUUCGCUUCCGCCACUUGUGGUAACUAUGCUUUUGUAGCCGGUGGGAUUGGUAUAGGCAGCAAAAAGGAAGUUCUUAAUUCUGCUGAGAAGUAUGAUCCCCAGACUAAGUCGUGGGAUCGGCUUCCUGUGAUGCAUCAAAGGAGGAAGAUGUGUUCUGGUUGUUACAUGGACAAUAAAUUCUUUGUGAUUGGAGGCAAGAAUGAGGAGGAAAAGAACCUCACUUGUGCGGAAGCUUUCGACGAGAGCCAAAACAAGUGGGAAAUCAUCCCCGGCAUGUUGAAAGACAUGCCCGUCUCAACCGUCCACUCUCCACCCCUCCUUGCCGUUGUGAACAACGAGCUCUACACUCUCGAGACUUCGUCGAACGAGCUGAAGGUGUAUAUCAAGAGCAGCAACUCUUGGAAGAGGCUGGGGCCAGUUCCUAUAAGAGCUGAUUUCAACGGAGGAUGGGGCAUCGCGUUCAAAUCUCUGGGCAGCGAGUUGCUCGUGAUAGGCGCAUCCUCGGCUUCCUACUCCAGCCAUGGCAUGACCAUCUUCACUUGCUGCCCCGAUCCAGACACCGAGGAACUGCAGUGGACGCCUCAUGGUUGUGCCAAGAACAGUUCCAGUCACUUUAUCCUGAAUUGUUGCGUUAUGAUGGCUUGAAGUUUGACCGGUGACUCGUGCCAUGAGCACCUGAAUAAUUCGCUAUCUUUGCAGUCCGUGUAGCUGGUCUCACUAAACCAUACAUACACAUAGCUUGUCCCAAGAAGAUGGCUGUCAUAUUCAACUUGCAUUAUCACAGUUGGGUUAAUUGCCUGACUUGGCUGUAAUCUUUCUUAUGCCAUUCUAUCUCCAAACUUGAUGAUUAUUUCAAGCGCCUCCCCUGUGUCUUUCUAAAUCAAGGGCAAGUGUUUCUAUCA